AUGACCCCAUCGCAGAGCCAACCAUCUGCUGCUGUUGCUGUGGUUGCUGGUGCUGGAGCUGCUGCUGCAGCUGCUGCUGCUGGAGUUGCUGCUGGUGCUGCAGCUGUUGCUGCUGCUGGAUUUGCUGGUGCUGCAGCUGCUGCUGCUGCUGCUGCUGCUGUUGCUGGAGCUGCUGCUGCUGUUGCUGGAGAUGCUGCUGCUGCUGCUGCUGCUGGGACUGUUGUUGUUGCUGCUGGCUGGGUAUCUGUGGCUUGA